CGGAGGGAGAGAGAGAGAGAGUACGUCCAAAAUCUAUCCACCCGUCACUUCGCUGUCAUUAAAAAACCCGGAGCCUGACCCGGAUCCGAUAUUUUCUCACUAAUCUCCAAUACCACCACCCAAAUCUCUUCUCUCUUCCCCUCUCCUUGAAGAAGCACUUUCUUUCUUUCGGGGGAGAGGGAACUGGAAAAUGUACUCGGCGAUUCGGUCGCUUCCUCUCGACGGCGGUGAGUACCAUGGUCCUCUUGACGGAACCAAUCUCCCCGGCGACGCCUGUUUGGUCUUAACCACUGACCCCAAACCCCGUCUCCGGUGGACCGCCGAGCUCCAUGAGAGGUUCGUUGACGCCGUCACCCAGCUCGGCGGUCCCGACAAAGCAACGCCCAAAACUAUCAUGAGAACAAUGGGAGUGAAAGGCCUCACCCUCUACCACCUCAAAUCACAUCUCCAGAAAUUCCGCCUAGGGAGGCAAGCUUGCAAAGAAUCAACUGACAACUCCAAGGAUGCUUCUUGUGUUGGGGAGAGUCAGGAUACAGGUUCAUCUUCAUCAUCAUCAUUAAGAAUAGCAGCGCAGGAGCAGAACGAGGGUUACCAAGUCACUGAAGCUCUCCGCGCUCAGAUGGAAGUCCAAAGAAGACUCCACGAGCAAUUAGAGGUACAAAGGAGACUCCAGCUAAGGAUAGAAGCACAAGGAAAGUACCUGCAAUCAAUCCUUGAGAAAGCUUGCAAGGCCUUUGACGACCAAGCUGUUGCUUUCGCUGGACUCGAGGCAGCUAGGGAAGAGCUAUCAGAGCUAGCCAUCAAAGUCUCCAACAGCUCCCAAGGAACAACAACAUCCCCGUUCUUCGAUGCAACAAAGAUGAUGAUGAUGCCAUCUUUGUCCGACCUUGCAGCAAUAGACAACAAAAACAACAUCACAACCAACUGUUCUGUUGAAAGCUCUCUGACUUCCAACACCAACGGGAGCUCGGUUUCUGCUGCCUCGAUGAAGAAGCGGCAUCGUGGAGACGACGAUGCUGGCCUCGGGUAUGAGGCAGGGUGGAUUAUGCCUGGUAGUACCAUUGGUUAAAGUUUUAGGACAACUUGGGAAAAAGGUAGAGAGAGAUAAGGUUUUAACUCGUCUUUACUUGCUUUUGGUGGGAUUGUAUUAUUCGAUACAAAACUUGUCAUCAAAAUUUUAUCUUUUUAUGUAUAUAUUUGAUGUUGAAUCUUUAGUGUCUUCCUUUAACCUUGCCAUAUUAUUUCUUGUAUUCAUUUGAAAGUGGUUUAUUUAGGCAAAAAAA